AUGCCGCGUCAUGCCGAAAAUCCGUUGAGGGACGAAAGCUUUUAUCCCGGGCGUCGGUCUGUUGACUUCGACUCCCCAUCGUCGAGGAGAAGGUCAUCACGCUACGACCCAUCAGACUCCUCCAGUCGGUUGCAGCGCGAUUCCAACGCCUCCCGAUACAACGACCUCGAUUCGGGCUACACCCGCUCAAAGUUCCGCGACACCGACGGAUUCACCAAGAGCCGCCGCACACCCCAUCGCGACAUCGGGUCCGCCAGACACGAGGAAGAACAACCCCGUGCCCGCGAGCCCACCAAGAGCCGUCGACGCGAGCGUGCCGAUUCCGUGUUCGCGGAGAGGAGGGAGAGGGCCCGUUCGCCGCCGCCCGUCUCUUCCCGCCGUGCCGCAGUCGGUUCGCUGUUCGACGGCGACUUCAGCACCCAGCGCCAGUACUACAACCCGCGCAGCCGCAGCCCAGCCUACGAGUCUCGCCAGUCUGAGCGUAGGGAGUCCAGGUAUCGUGGCAGCGAUGCUCCAUCACCUGAGCCCAGGCGAGCAUCGACGUUCCGCCGCAGCGACGCACCUUCACCUGAGCCCAGGCGGGCAUCCACCUUCCGCCGCAGUGACGCACCUUCACCGGAGCGCAGGCGGGUGUCGACCUUCCGCCGCAGUGAUGUUCCCUCUCCAGAGCGCCGCCGAAGUGUCUUUGGCGGACGUCGCCGUUCAAGCAUAGGUCGUGGCUUCGACUACCUCAUCUGA